AUGACCGUGACAUAUAGAACACAUCGAAAACGAAAAUCGCCAAAAUCAAAAGAAUUANNNACCAAGGCAGCCAGGAAAAGUGCCCCAGCUACUGGCGGUGUGAAGAAACCUCAUCGUUACAGGCCUGGGACCGUUGCUCUUCGUGAAAUCAGACGUUACCAAAAAUCCACGGAACUUCUCAUCAGGAAGCUCCCUUUCCAGAGACUUGUCCGUGAAAUCGCUCAGGACUUCAAGACCGAUCUUCGUUUCCAGAGUUCUGCUGUGAUGGCUCUUCAAGAGGCUAGCGAAGCUUACUUGGUUGGUCUUUUCGAAGAUACCAACUUGUGUGCUAUCCACGCGAAGAGAGUGACCAUCAUGCCCAAGGACAUCCAGCUUGCCCGUCGCAUCCGUGGCGAGAGAGCUUAAAUUGCUUUAAGCAUUGUAAAAUGGCCCUUUUUAGGGCCCCCAUUUUAUAUCGAAAGUCUCCUCUGCUUUUCGUUUAGUUACAUUUUAAAAAGUUUCUGUCUUUACACUUGAUGUAUUAUCUUGUAUAAACGAAUGGAAUCCGAACGGUGUUAAUCCUCCUCGGUACAUGUAUGUGGUCGUCUUAGGAUCUGUUUUAGCAUUGUCAAUGUAACUGCUUUUAACGUAUGUAUUCGAAGAGUUCAUCUUACAAAUGGAGCGCGAUAUUCUGACGUCUUUGUAUGUAUAUAUAAAAUGAUUUUUAAAAGUUUUCGUUUCUCCCUGCCUUUAAAAUAUACCUUGAUUAUCUUAACUAGAAAUUAGACAUUCGGGCAGAUGUGUUAUACACGAUUCAUACGAUGGAAAACCUGAAAUUUGCCCUAUGUAAGGGUUUUUAGCACAUCUCAUUUGUUUGCUGGGAUUUAAACAAUUCAGACUUGAUUUUUAAAAAGUUCCUUUUGUCUUAGUAUUAAACUAUCCGUUUCUAUUUUUCCAUUACAUUCUUGGAUUUUUCUUUUAAAGUUAAUUUAUGAACAUUAGUGAUGAGGUUCCAUAAAUAUUACUCCUCAAUACACCUGCUGAGUUGUAAAUACUGUCCCCGUGUAGUACUCUGAGUAGUCGUUGUGAAAACUCGGUUUAAUAGAAUUAUAACCGUACAUCGUUCUGUUCCUCUCAUUUUCCGGUUACAUCCUUUUUUUUUUUUUUCUUUGUAGUUUAAAUAAAAACAGUUGGUCUGAAAAAAUGUUGGUAGAGAUGGACUAUAAAUCUGAACCUUUCCCCCCCCCCCUU